CCCUCGUGGGCCCGCUCCCAGGGCCACCAGCUAUGCGGAGACCCUUCCCCUUUUUUGUGCCAAGGUGUGCCGGGUUUUUCCUUCCCUCUUCACCCCCGCGCCGGGAAGCCCAGCGACGGGGUCGGAGGCCGAAGAAGUUGGGACCUUCCGCCUCUCCCCUCCCCUCAGCUGCGGCCCGGCUCGGGGGUACCCCACGAGUCCCUUCCCUCCAGCAGCACUGCGGGCCCCGCUGUCGUGCCGGGAGCGCGAGUCCUUGGUCUCCCUGGCCCCUCCACCCGCAUGCCCCCCCACCCCCGCCCCCUGCCCUGUUCUGUGCAGUUGUGAAUGCCACAUCCUGUCCUGGUGACAGGGGAACACUGUUGGUGACCGUCGCUGCGGUGUCCGAGUGCUCCUUGCGCCCCGGGAGCGGGUGGGGUGGCGGAAGCGCGGGCGGCCGGGCCCUGGCGAUAGCCCCUAUCUGGGCGGCCGAGCCGCGCGCCCCAGGCGUCGGGGUUAUUUUUGGCGGCGCUGCGGUCGGGGGGGCCCGGCGGGGCGGAGCGGCCUUAUCGCCCGGUUCUCGGCCGGCACCCCGCGUCCCCACAGCCAGCCGGGCCGCCGUCCUCUCGCCAUGGGCUCCGGUGAGUCUGGGGUACCCGCGCAGCCUCCGCCCCGGGUCCAGCCAGCUCCCUGGCGGCGCCGGUCACGUCGGGUGCGGACUGCGGGGGAGUGACUUGGCGGCCAGGGCGCAGGGCGGUCGGAGCGGAGAGGCCUGCGGCUGGCGGGCCCGGCGCUGGGGGUACUCGGAGAACGGGCUCGGCUCACCGCGCCGCUUCCCUUCCAGGCCGCGCGGGGCGCUGAGCCUGCUGCUCCUGCUGCUGGCGCCGGCGAGCCGCCCGGGAGCGGGCUGCCCGCUCCCCUGCCGCUGCGCCGGGACGCGCGUUGGACUGUUGGCGCCGCGGGCUGACGCUGGGCCCUCGCUGCCCGCCGCCUUCCCGCCGGACACCACCGAGCUGGUGCUGACCGGCAACAACCUGACGGCGCUGCCGCCGGGGCUGCUGGACGCGCUCCCCGCGCUGCGCGCCGCGUACUUGGGCGCCAACCCCUGGCGCUGCGACUGUCGCCUGGUGCCGCUGCGCGCCUGGCUGGCCGGUCGCCCCGAGCGCGCGCUCUACCGCGACCUGCGCUGCGCCGAGCCCUCGGAGCUCCGUGGCCGCCUGCUGCCCUACCUGGCUGAGGACGAGCUGCGCGCGGCCUGUGCGCCCGGCGCGCUCUGCUGGGGGUCGCUGGCGGCCCAGCUCGCGCUGCUCGUCCUGGGGCUGCUGCACGCACUGCUGCUGGCGCUGCUGCUGCACCGUCUGCGGGGCCUGCGCGCCCGCGCCAUGCGCCAGAAGUCGUGGAGCUACCCGCUGGUGGAGGGGCCCUCCGCGGAAGACGCGUCCUGAGCGGAUCUGGCCGCGAGGCCGCCGGCGUCCCCAAUCUCGGAGACCCAGCCCCCCCACACACACAACCCAGCGCCCCGGAUCGACGUGGGCCCGACCCCGCGGAGCGCCCCAGCUCCAGCCAGGAGAAACCCGGGCCUCCACACGGGGUGGAAGGCAGCUCAGACCGCCACGGGCUCCCCACACUGGCCUCUGUGCGAAAUAAACCUUUCUCCUCUUCCACACGGA